AUGACUGAAACUUAUUCACUUGCUAUUCUUGAGCUGUUAAUUCAGAAAGACGGAUGUAGAAGAAUUGACGAGCUUUGGAGUAUCCUGGCAUCAAAGUUCCAGAGAUGCAGUGAUUUCUUUUCAAUCGUUGGUCCCACUCCCGACGCACUCGAGAUGUUUAUAGAGCAGCAACCGGCAUUGUUUCGAGAAGAUUCUCCACCUCGAGUAUGCCACAAUGGAUUUAAAAGGAAUAAUUCUGAACAUAUUUCCAACUCUGGGAUUGAAAUGGAGGCCGUGAAAUACUUUCAGGACCAACUACUACGGAAACCAGAGCGUUGGAUUCCCAUAAAGAGUCUAGCAGGUCACUUAUCUCAGGCCUCUCCGUCCAUUAGAAUGAUAGUAGGACCUCAGGCAGAGUUUGCACGUUUUCUUCACCGCUAUCCAUUGUUUUUUCAAAUACAAGGUGAAUUAGUUGGUCUGAGUGAUAAAAUCCGCACUCACUGGAAUGGAGGGCAACCGACUUUUGACCCUCGCAAACAGGGAGCGACUGAGCGCUUUCAGCUUCCCAUGCACCUGCAAAUGACACAAACCAUCCCAGAAAGUACCAUCAAAUGCCGAUCCUCGAAUAUAGAGAGAAAUGUGAUUGCUCUCAGUAUCGAAGAUUGUAAGGCACUUCUUUGGCUGAUGCACGCAGUGGCACAAGAGCAUACUGAAUCCUUGCCCUUCGCUUCACUUUUGAGUGAAAUUUCAUGCGCUCCCAAGAGUGUUCACAAUUCCAUUGGGUGGACUCAAAUAGAGCUACAAGAGUUUUUGAAGAAGUACGACAAAAUAUUCAAACUCGAUGAGAUUUUGCAGACUAUCACCCAGCAUCCGACGAACUCGCUUCACUUAAUGAUAGUGAAUAAAACUCAAAGCACAGAAGAUUCAAACGUUUUAUUGGCAAAGCGUGGAUGCAUAUUUUGUGUUAACCGUCUGUGGGGUAUUAUUGACCUUGGUUUUCACGAACACGUCUUCUUCGACCGAUCGCUAUUCAAACACGUGACCGAUCUGUCCAAACAUUUCCAGGUGGGUUUGCGUUUGUUUUCAUUCUGCCGAUUUCUUUUUAGUCCUUGCAUUCUAGAAUUUCAUAGAGAUGAACGUUCCAGUUAUUUUUUUACAUUGGGUCAAGCACCUGUUUCGUGGCAUUUGACAGCAACCUGCUGGUAA